AUGUCUGAACUCAAGAACUUUGAACGCAUGUUCCGCCUCGACGGCAAGGUCGCACUAAUUACUGGAGGGUCAAGAGGUCUUGGUCUCCAUACAGCGACGGCAUUUCUCCUAGCAGGCGCGAAGAAAGUUUUCAUAUCGGCGCGCAAGAAUGGCGGACCUGAGGGCAUCGACCAGGCUGUGGAGAAACUGAACAAGCUGCCCGUGUCUGGUGAGGCGGUGGGCAUUGCAGCCAAUGUCGCUGACACGGCUGACAUUGCGCGCCUGGUGAAGAAGGUGCAGGAGACGGACGCGACAUUGGACAUUCUGGUGUGCAACGCGGGGGCAACCUGGGGAGGAGCCUUCGACAGCCAUCCAGACUCGGCGAGCCAGAAGGUGUUGGACUUGAACGUGAGGGGUGUCUUCAACCUCGCGCGAUUAUUCGUGCCGCUGCUGGAAAAGGCAGGCACGCGACAAGACCCGUCGCGCAUCAUCAUCGUCUCAUCAACGGCAGGCACCACGGUGCCUCAUGUUGGCGAACACGGCACCAUAAUGUACAGUGUCUCCAAGGCCGCCGCCCAUCAUCUAUCGCGUCAGCUCGCUGUCGAACUCGGACCGCGCAAUAUUACCACAAACACAGUUGCCCCUGGCUUCUUCCCCUCCAAGCUGGCCAAUGGAUUGAUUGAGCUGCUAGGUGGCCAGCAAGAAUUGGAGGAUUGGAAUCCGCGGAAACGACUGGGCGAGGCCGAGGACAUUGCAGGCGUCAUGAUAUACCUUGCGAGCCCUGCUGGUGCCUACGUGAAUGGCGAGGACAUAGCCGUUGAUGGUGGUGUCAGGUAUGCAGCAGGCAGACAGUCGAAGCUGUAG